CCCGCCUCUUCCCGGAAGAAUGAUGGCCGCGGCCUAAGCGGUGGCCCGUCGGAGGCGUCGCGGGCGCUCGGGUCGCGCUCGGCGGAUCCUGGGUGCGGCGAGGGAGGCCGCUCCCGGCCACACUCGCAGGCCAUCCUGCAGCGCAGACCCCGGCAGCCAUGGCCUCCAGGCAGGCUCCCCUCGGCGGCCUGGCUCCUCGCUGCCUCUGGCUCCUGGGGGCUGUCCUUGUGAUGGACGCGUCUGCCCGGCCUGCCAACCACUCGUCCGCUCGGGAGAGAGCGGCUAACAGGGAGGAAAACGAGAUGCUGCCUCCGGACCACCUGAACGGGGUGAAGCUGGAGAUGGACGGACACCUGAACAGAGAUUUCCACCAGGAGGUCUUCCUGGGCAAGGACGCGGGCGGCUUUGAAGAGGACGCGGAGCCUCGGAGGAGCCGGAGGAAGCUGAUGGUCAUCUUCUCCAAGGUGGAUUUGAACACCGACAGAAGGAUCAGUGCCAAGGAGAUGCAGCACUGGAUCAUGGAGAAGACGGCCGAGCACUUCCAGGAGGCCAUCGCGGAGAGCAGGGCGCACUUCCGUGCCGUGGACCCCGACGGUGACGGCCGUGUGUCAUGGGAUGAGUACAAGGUGAAGUUUCUGGCGAGCAAAGGCCAUGAUGAGAGAGAAGUUGCCGAUAAGAUAAAGAAUAAGUGGGACCUGAACGUCGACGAAGAGACACAGGAAGUCCUGGAGAACCUCAAAGACCGCUGGUAUCAGGCGGACAACCCGCCCCCGGACCUGCUGCUGACGGAGAGCGAGUUCCUGUCGUUCCUGCACCCCGAGCACAGCCGCGGCAUGCUGCAGUUCAUGGUCAAGGAGAUCAUCCGGGACCUGGACCAGGAUGGUGACAAGAAGCUCUCGCUGUCCGAGUUCAUUUCUCUGCCCGUGGGCACCGUGGAGAACCAGCAGGGCCAGGACGUGGAUGACGGCUGGGUGCGAGACAGGAAGAGAGAGUUCGAGGAGCUGAUCGACGCCAACCACGACGGGAUCGUGACCAUGGCGGAGCUGGAGGACUACAUGGACCCCAUGAACGAGUUCAGCGCCCUCAACGAGGCCAAGCAGAUGAUCGCCAUCGCCGACGAGAACCAGAACCACUUCCUGGAGCCCGAGGAGGUGCUCAAGUACAGCGAGUUCUUCACGGGCAGCAAGCUGGUGGACUACGCCCGCAGCGUGCACGAGGAGUUCUGAGCCGCGGCCGCGCCCCCGCGCCCCCCGCGCCCCCGCGCCCCCCGCCCUGGGCCCCCCGCCGCCCUCGCCGGCUGGCUGCGCUUCCAUUCCCGCGUGCUCGCUGCCUCUCGCUUCUGAGAACUGGGAGCCCUUCUGCCCGAGGCACUGACCACAUCAGGCUCUGCAGGCUCGCCACAGCGUGGGAAAUAGCGCAGCUCCUGCCGUUUCCUUGAAAACUGAGAGAUGAAGGCUUUGCUGGAAACCAGCAGCCGGCGGCUGGGGGGUCUGGAAGGGGCCUCAGAGCCGCUGGCCCCGUGGCGUUCAGUCUCCGAGGAAACGCGAAUAUUGGUGACAGGAAUCACAUUAAUUUACUUUAAAAUAUAGUUGCCUUUUUCUCCCA